UUCUUCUCUGGUGAAACAGAGUUAAUUUUGGCACCGACGACGGUAGUGUGUGUGGAGCUUUUUAUAGAUAGAUCUGAGAGACACUUUACAAAUCUGAAGUUGCAAUUUCAUAACCUAAUCAAAUGAUUGGAUCUCCGGUGAAACCACUGUUCGUCUUCGUCUUAACUUUCUCUCUUCUCCUCGUCGUUAUUCUUCUAUCCCCGUCGCCACAUAUUCUGCAGAUUCCGUUUCCUUCCGGUUCAUCAGUGGGUUCUUCUGAUAUAUGGAGUGUGAAGAGGAUAAUGGAAUGGAGACCUUGCAAAUGGUGGUUACAAGGACACCUCACUCACAACUGCUUUGGUUUUUUGUUCAAAUCCUGCAGCUCUACCUGCUAAAACUAAUGGAUAUAUACGCGUUGAUUGCUAUGGCGGCCUGAAUCAGAUGAGACGCGAUUUGUGUGAUGGAGUUGGGAUUGCCCGUUUGUUGAAUGCUACACUUGUUCUGCCAAAGUUUGAGGUAGCUGCCUAUUGGAAUGAGUCAAGUGGAUUUGCAGAUGUGUUUGAUGUAGACUACUUUAUUCAAAAGAUGAGUGGUUAUAUCGAAGUUGUUAAAGAAUUGCCAAAAGAUAUUGCAUCAAAAGAACCAUUCAAAGUAGACUGCAGCAAAAGGAAGGGUCAAUUUGAUUACAUUGAAAGUGUUCUUCCACUGUUGUUGGAACAUCAUUACAUUUCUUUUACACCAGCAAUGAGCCAACGCAGGGACAGGUAUCCCGAAUAUGCAAGAGCCACUCUGUGUCAAGCCUGUUAUUCGGCUAUACACCUUACUAGUUCCUUGGAGAAGAAGGCCGUCGAGCUUUUUGAUGCUAUUCCCAAACCCUUCUUGUCGCUUCACCUCAGAUUUGAACCUGACAUGGUAGCGUACAGCCAAUGUGAAUACCCAAACCUCUCUCCUUCAUCUAUCGCUGCCAUUGAAGCUGCUCGUGCUGAUAGGAAGCCAUGGACUGGAGAACUAGCUCAGACAUGGAGAAAGCGAGGCAAAUGCCCUCUGACUCCUAAUGAAACAGUGUUGAUGCUUCAGUCACUUAACAUCCCAACAAGCACAAACAUAUACUUAGCAGCUGGAGACGGUCUAAUGGAGAUGGAAGGAUUCACAUCCGUUUAUACAAAUGUGUUCACAAAGUCUGUUCUACUUAACCAAGAGGAUUUCACCAGAAUGCAUGGAAACACAAAAGCUGCAUUGGAUUAUCACGUGUCCAUCAAUAGUGACGCAUAUGUGGCUACGUACUUUGGAAACAUGGAUAAAAUAGUUGCAGCUAUGCGAACAUAUAAACAGAUGCAUAAUACACUGUUCCUGAGCAGAAAAGCAUUUGCGGAGCUCACUUCUCAGGGUCUUGAAGGUGCAGAGUUGAAGAAAGCUCUCUGGGAAGUUCAUAAAAGCGAUUUUGCCAUUGGCAGAGGAUUUGCUUUGCCCGACUGCUUCUGUGAAUUUGAGCUGUAAUGCUGUUUCUUUUCUUACCACAUUCUUGAGCUGACACAACUUUUGUAAUGACAAAAAUUUGUUCAUGUACUAUGGCAUUUUGAGAGUCGAUGAGACGCUCCUGUCUGGAAAUACAAGAAACUAGUAUACAUUCUG